AACUGAAAGGUCCCAUUUAUUUUCAAUUUAUUUCUGUCCUUUUCCCAAACUCCAUCUUUUUCCUACAAACCGUGACUUGCAGUACUCUUUGUUGCCUGAUUUGAGAGAUUCACACUGAAACAGAUGCUGGACUCAUCACCUCAAAGCAAUUUCAGAGGAGAAACGAUGGGAAAAGGAGAAGGUGAUGGCAUUAGGACUGUAGAGUGUUUGAGAGGGAGAUUGCUUGCAGAGAGAGUGGCCUCAAAGGCUGCAAAAGAUGAAGCGGACCUCAUGGCCAAAAGGUUGGAUGAGCUAGAGAAGCAACUCGCAGAAGAGAUCAAAUUUAGGGAUAGGGCUGAGAAGAGGCUAAACUAUGCUCUGAAGAAGCUGAAAUCACUGAAUCUAUCGAAUCGAUCAGAGAGCUCGGCGGGUUCAUUAGAGAGUUGGAAGGCUGAUUCAGGGACCGUUGAUUCUUCUGGGCAAUGUGGAUCAGGGGAAGAGGGGGGAGAGAGGAGGAGAUCAAUGGGAGUGAAAGACGUCGAAGGAGAUGAUGGAGUUGAUAGUUAUUCCGGUGAUUCGACAAAUAAGAUGGGGGCUUUUGAUGAAGGGAGCUGGAGUUCUGUUGGGACUGGGAAUUCUUGGAUUAAGGAAUGGCGUGGUCGAGAUGAGGAUAAAAGUGGCAAAGACCAUGAGGAAUCGGUUGAUCAUGAUUCGAGACAACCUUCACACAAUGUUAACGAACAAAACAAGCCAAUGCAUCAGGAUGAACAUUCAAAUGAUAUGCUUGCUCUAGUUCCUUUGAAGAGCAUGCUGCCCAGUUCCAAUCCCCGACGUUCAGAUUUCAAUGGCGACAAUGUACAGAAUGCGCUCGUUGCACUUCGGAAUGUAAAAGAGAAACUGAGAACUUCAAUGGAGAGAAAAAAGGUGCUUCUCUAUCCUACACAAAAGCGCUUUAUGGCCAGUAUUAAGUGACAUGUUCUUGAAGACCUUUUGUAAUGAUUUUGUAAUAAUUUUCUUCACUGGAGAUCUUACUAAUAAAUUCUGUAAUGAUUUUGUAAAGAAAAGAAAGGACCAUCUUCUUUCUGUUGA